AUGGAAGCCUGGGAGAACGGCCUGAACCCUAAGGGGAACUCUACGAACCACAGCAACUGGGACUUCAGCAACUCCUUCUUCUUUGCCGGCACUGUCAUCACCACAAUAGGAUACGGACACUUGUACCCCAGCACAAUGGCCGGACAAGUCUUCUGUGCUUUUUACGCUUUGUUUGGGAUUCCGCUUAACCUGGCGUUUUUAAACCAGAUUGGAAAUGGAUUAAACACCCAUCUGCUCACUCUGAGCAGGUGCACGCAGGACCCUGGAGGAUCUGGGGUGAUGAAGAUGAUGAUGAUGGGCCUGUUUCUCACCACUGGUUCCAUGCUCUUCCUCGUCUUCCCCCCGAUGAUCUUCAGCUACGUAGAAGGCUGGAGCUAUGGAGAGGGCUUUUACUUUGCAUUUGUCACGCUCAGCACCAUUGGAUUUGGAGAUUAUGUGCUAGGGACGGAUCCGAACAGACAUUACAUCUCCAUCUACAGGGGCUUGGCGGCGCUGUGGAUCAUUUUCGGCCUGGCCUGGCUCGCUCUAGUUUUUAACCUGGUUGCGGAGUUGGUGGAAAAAUUAGUGCAACUGCGGAUGUACAGAACGCGCAACGUUAAGGAGGAGACAUCUGUGCAGAAGACUGAAGAUCAACCCAUCCAGAGGAGAGUCCAGAUCUAGGUUGCAGCGUUGAGUUCUUCUUAAUCCAGGAAUCAUUGCCCGUGUAGAUUCACCAUACACAGACACAAGACAAUGCUGGGAAUAUAGUCUUCACGUCUGGAUAGUACUUUGAUUUACGGAUUUAUAACAGACGGAAAGAUUUGCUAUUUUUAUGACUUACAUUUACAUUAUAGAUUCAUUCAUACUGUGGAUUAAAAUAUCAGGUUGGAUUUUGCACUAGGCUUAGUGCGGUUUGGGGCCCAGUUGGUCACGUCCGUAUGAUAAAGUUUCUGCAUUCAAAAUAUUAACAUCUGCUCAUCAUAUAAUGGCCUCUACUACCAAAACAUAUUACUUCCGGGACUGUUAUACAGGUUAUACAGCAUUUACAGAGACAUGAGCCUGACAUAUUACUUAUCUCAAAAAUAAUAUGUUUUGUAGCUAACAUUUACCUAAUAAAAAAAGAAU